AUGGUUGUGACAAUUGAUGACAUUUUGGAUCAAUUGUGGAGUGAAAACACACGACUUCUCAAAGAGUUAGUGUUUGCAAACAAAUGUCUGAAUAUUUUGGAUGAAUUGAAAUCAGAAUUGAAUUUAAUUUACAAGAAGUUUGAGACACAACUGAACACUGAAGACAAGUUCAACCAAUUAAGACAUCAAUUGAAUUAUAUUUGUAGUCAAAGACACGAUAAAGACUUUGCAGAAAUUAAUCGGAAAACAUGUUAUAUAAGCGAUACAAAUGAAGCAAAAAAUUAUAUAAAUGAUACACAAGUUGUGGUUAAGUCUGAUUUAGAAGAUAUACAAGAAGUUGUGGACAAUAAUCAAGGCAUUGAUAACCACAAAGAUGUUACUGUUGUCCACACAUCAACUGAUACACUGAUCACUGAUAGUAGUAGUAGUAGUAGUAGUGACCAACAAAGUGUUAAACUCUUACCUCCGAUGAAACCGCAGCCAUCAGUUAGUCGCGAUGACCUCACAAUUGAUGAUAAGUGUAUAAACAAUAAAGUGAUUACAAGUAAUGAUUGCUUUGACUCGACAACCAAUUCAUAUAUUUGUCGACUAAAUAAUUGUAACAAAUCUUACAAAAAUUUAAAGAUAUUUUUGUCGCACCAAAAGAAAUGUAAACCCAUGAAAAAGAUUCGUAACAAGAAAAUGAUUUUUGAUAAAAAUAGUGGAAAAUAUAAGUGUCGUUACGAUGGCUGCGAUAAGAAAUAUUGUGGAAAAGGUAGUCUACGGUCACACGAGAGGAUACAUCACGAAAGGGAUACAACAAAGUGGUUGAAUUGUCAGUACACUGACUGUCAAUUUCAAUGUCUUAGCGAUCACCAAAUGAAAGUACAUCUCAAUGGCAAACAUUCGGACGUUAAGACAUUUGUCUGUUCCAACAGUGGAUGUUCUAAAGCAUUCAAAACAUCGGAUAAUUUACAAAAACAUUCACUUAUUCAUCAAAAUAUUGUAAUCAGAUGUGAUGUCGAUGGCUGUCAACGAAAGUUCAGACAUAAAUAUGGUUUAAUGAGACAUAUGGUCGAACACAGCAGUGAACCGAUACUCGUAUGUCCGGUAAAGGGAUGUAUAGAAAAGUUUUUUACCGAUAAAGAGCGGAAAAGGCAUCUAAAGUUGAUUCAUAAUAAAUUUAUGAUUAGGCCAUUGAAACGGUGCGAUUGGCCCGGCUGUGAAUAUUUCGGUAGACGAUUGGCCAAACAUAUGGAAGUUCAUACGGGAGAGAAACGGUAUCCGUGUGUUUGGCCACAAUGUGACAAACGUUUCAGGGAUUUGCGUAAACUUAACGAUCAUAUGAAUAUACAUAACAAUGUUAAACCGUAUGCGUGUCGUUGGCCCGGUUGUGACUACCGGUGCGCUAACAAUAGAAAUAUUUUGAUACAUAUGAGACAAGUGCACAAAACAAAAGCAUCGGUACAAUGA